AUGGACUUCCCUGGGGGCGCAAACACCAACAUACAUCUUAUUGAUGGCUUCUCCAAUAUCUACUGGAGGAUUUACACAGAAGACUCUCGUGGCACAAAUCAGCCACAAGAAGGCCCCGCUAAUGGCUACACGAUCUUGAAGCAUUUGAGUCGUCUCAAGGAUCUAGAGGCUCGACUGAGAAGUUUGAAUUGCCUGGCGUCAUCACCAAGGCGUUUGGGGCUUUGGGUAUUCUCCCAUACCCCUGACUUUGAAAGUCUGAAUCCCCUCUAUCUGAGUGGCGAAGAGAACAAUAAAAUCGUUGUCGGCUCAACAACUUUGAAAGUUGGUGCCUCGGGAAGUGUCACCGCGCUGGACUUGGUGAAGGGCCUGUCCGACAACCAGGGUCAGGGUACCCAAUCUGGGCAGCCACGACCAUCCCAAGGGCAAGCUCCACCUCGACGCCAAGAUGGGCUCAUCAACUCAGCGGGCAUAUACGCUGCUUUUAUCUCUGCAGUUACAGGUUCAAUCAGCCUCCAGCUAGUUCGACGUCAUGGCGCUUUACCGCUCGGGUCGCGCACUCUCUUCACCGCAGUGGAGAAAAUGGGCUAUGAAAGUCCACACGUUGAUAACGAGAGCAUCUUCUCCAGUUCAUGCUUGACAACCUUGAAUGUUCAGCUCACUGUGGGCGGAACAAUAACUAUUUCCGCCCAGACUGUACCACAAACUGGUAUCAUGCGACUGUCGUCCCGAGAUGACGUCGCAGAUCUACUCAGCAUGCAGCCUGGAAUCGAUCUUUGGCUAUGCCCCAAUGGAACUAUCGCCCGGCUUGUCACUGCAAAUAUUGACGCGUCUACCGUUCCUUCUCCAGGAUAUCCCACCCCCGGGGAUGUGUCCGCAAAACGAAUGCAGUGGAAGCUGGAUGUUGUACAGUGGUUGCGGAAUCUUGGCUUGCAGAUUGACUCGGUUGAGGAAGAACCCUGGGUUGAAAUAGAGGUCUGGGAGGCAUUCUACGCAAGGCUUGCUGGGGAAGCAUGGCGGCAGAGUGACGAUGGUCAAUCUGCAUUACCGCUGAAACGCAUGCUUUGGCCUGCUAGAUUUUGUUUCAGGAGGGCUAGUUCAUCGACUACCACCUUCGAAACCCAGAUGCCCCUUCUCGAGGACCCUCUAGAUUUCGCAGAGCGUUGGUCUUCACAGGCGAGCUCUCUCAAGCUAGACCACCGAGUUCAAAACAUUCAUUUCCCACAAGAGCGUCAAAUAAAGGAUCAGGAAAUGUCGCCAUCACCCAAAGCUGACCAUCCGGAAAGUAUAGAGAGCUUAUCUCGAAUUGCGCAAUAUCCUGAUUUGCAAACCACAAAUCUUGUUUAUCCAACCCCUCCAGAUGGAGCUGCAGCAAUUGGCAUGAACAAUCCAAAUCCAUCCGAGGCAUUCGCUGAAGAUUCUGACUUCGGACUACCUAACGCAACCCCACGAAAUCCUCAAAGGAAUGCAUCAGGAUCUGGGCUAUCACCUGGUAACGGCAUUGGUGUUGGCACCGGCCGAUAUGAUGCAAGUGACGAGGAAGAUCUCUUUGGAGAGAUGAACGACAGAGACUUUGGGUCGAAGGGGAUCACCGAUGCUGAUUUCAGCUUCUUUGAUGACCCCGACUUUGAAGGCAUGGGUGAUGAGGAUGUGGAGCAACCACAGGAAAUCAUCCAAGCAUCUCAUGGUCCACCUGGUCUGGAGGACGAAACUAUGAUUGAUGCAAAGCCAUCUCCCGACCCGCCACUGGAAAUCCCAAAUCAUUCCGAAACGGAGGCACAUGUCUCUCCAAUGCAGCAAGAAGGCCCACAACCCAAUGAGCCACCUCUCGAGGAGAGAGGGGCUCAUUCGCCUACAGAUCGGACAGGUCAAACAAUCAGCCCACCGUUAAGCCCAAUAGAAGUCAAAAAGAUCCUAUUCCCAGAACCCGAGACCAAUGACGGCGGGAGUUCUACUGAUAUUCAUGGCCAAGGACAUUACCAUCCAGUGACGUUUGAAAAGAAACUUCGCGACUGGGAUCAAAAGUAUGGAACAGCUGGAAAAUUCUGGUUCUCAGCUGGUGGCCCAUCAGACACAUCGGAACAAACAUCUGCGAUACCUACAAUUGGCCUACCACACCGCAAUAGAAGCGGUGCUAAUACAACUGCUGCCGCCAAAGAACGCAGCAGAGCCAAUUCGUCUCUGAUCCAAAUAAAACAAGGUCCGAGAUCAGCCUCGGUUUCAGGCAGUGACAGUGAUGACAGCAGCGACGAAAGUGCGGAAGUCAUGCCAGAACACGCUCCAACACCGUCUACUCUGGCCUUAAUACCUUCUUUGAAGCGAAAGCGUGCUCCUUCAGAAACCGAAACCAUGUCUGCUGCAUCUCCAGAGAAGCAAUUGAUUACCACAGAAGCAAAUCCCGCACUGAAAGCGGAGAAUUUUACGUUCCUGGGCAAUUUCCUUGCCAAUUUUUCGGAUUGGACCCUGACUGGCUACUUUUCUGCGUUGCAGUCCCAACAAAACCCGGUCCUUCUUCUCCGCGAAGAUCAACUUCAAAUUGCCCAGCUUCUGGUUGAGCAAAUUACACAAUCAUCUCUGAAGCACCCACUGGAUGAGCAGAUUGGUCCCGUCAACCUCGAAAGCCAGUCUUUGUUACAAACUCUCGACCAUACCGAAUUUCCGGGUGAAGUCGCGAAACUGGACUUCAAAAGAUACACCUCACUGCAAGACGAAUUCACUGCAAACCAUCCGCAACAACAGCCGCCACAAUAUCCAGCGCCACCUAAGGAUGUCCCCAGAGGUUUCAUUGCAAGGUUACCUGCACCCCACGUACGUGUCCGUCGGGGCAAAGAGUACCUAGAAGCUCUUCCUCCCGCUAUUGACUUCUGGGAGACAUUUGGCCUUGAGCCAGCUCAUGGGCCAAAGAAUAUCUCCGCAUAUUGCAUCCACCCACAGGCUGCCUCGCAAGCAGCAGCUGUGUUUUUGAGACGGUUUGGUCUUCUUUAUCAAAGCUGCAGCCUUGGAAGCCACACUCGCGGAGACGAUUCUGUGGGAUUCGAAACGGGGUUGAAGUCAUGGCAGUCGGAACCAUCCAGUUACGAGUCUAUGAUGCUAAUCCUGAAGGACAUGUGCGAGGAGCUUGGAGCGGAGCUCUCCCAAUCCCCACCCACGGCUGAGAACUGCGUCGUCUAUAUCAUCAACCCCUUUACUCAUACUGCGGCACUGGCUGAUAUUUGUUCCGCCUUCUGGCACCUUUUCCAACAAUUGUUGGUCGAUUCGGAGCGCCGACAGGUCCGGCCUGUCAAUGAGCUUGUUCUGCAGAUCAUCCCGAUGGAAUUUGUCAUGUCGAGUGAAACGAUGGUUGUGCCUUCCCAGGCAGACUAUUUGAAUUUGGCCCUGGAGGUGUACGGUCGAUGUCGUCCAAGAGAGGCUGAUACAAGUUCUUUGCUUUGUACGCCACCGAUGUGUCUAGCCGAUCCUCUCCCAAGAGCCAUUAGCUUUCGACUUGCGCCUGAAAGGGCUUCGCCGCUCCAGGAUGGACGAAGCCUUCAUAUUGCCUGUUCCAGGAGUCUAGACCAACGCUGGAUAUCCGUGGCUUGGUCCGAUGUGCCUGGAUCUAUCCAAAGGACCGUGUCUUAUUGCCUCAAGUAUCGCCAGUCGAGUGCCACCCGGCCGAUCUCCGAAGUGAGGAAUGAAAUCUGGGCUACGACGAAACACAUCAUGGAAAAGAUCCAAGCACGAUGGAAAGUUCAACUUGUGGCCACGGAGCCCAUGGAAUCCGAUGAAGUCGAAGCAUGGACCAGUUUCGCAGACCAAUACAACAAAUCACGACCCGGCUCAUUGGAACUGGCCAUCCUCUCCGUCAACGCAAUCCCAGAUUUAAUACUCGAACCCCCCAUUCCCCCAAUACCAAUGGCUGUUUUCAACCCCCUAUCCUCCUCAACUCCCGUUUCAACCCCCAACCCCAGCAACAGCGUCGCAUCCCCUGAACAAUCCGGCAACGCAGCAACACCAAGCAGCGGUGGCCCAACAACCUACAACGCCCCAACCCCAACAGACAUGUCCCUCGAGACAGACUCCGAAGCCGUCCUGACUGAUAUAUGCGACGAAUCCUGGCUAGCAGUCCUAUCCCACCGCCUCAACAGCUCAGCCCACCUCACUGAUUUCCGUCCCGCCCUAUCAAGCGGGUAUCUCCUCCGCCGCAAAAGCGCUAACGACGGUGACGGCGUCUUUGCACUAGCUGUUAACCUCAUCUAUUCCCCCCGUCCUCCUCCUGCCCACGAUAAUGUCUUGAAGGAUACCCUCAGCAUGUAUCGGGAUAUGGCGACUCUUGCUCGUGUCAAGGGUAUUCGCUGUGUGCAGGGUAACACUCUGCCUUGGCAUAUUGCUACAGCUCUUCGUGCUCAAGAGCUAUUGAGUUAUACAUUUUGA